AUGCCCGACCCUGCACCUCUCCCCGUCUACCUCAUCAACGCCUUCGCCCCCACCCCAGCCUACUCGGGCAACCAAGCCGCCGUCGUCAUCUUUCCCUCCGACACGCACCCCAAAACGCAAGAUGAAGCCUUCAUGCUCUCGUAUGCUAAAGAUUUCGGUUUCUCCGAGACGGCGUAUCUCGUGCCGAUGCCUGGCAAUGGAGAGGGCGGGGUUGGCAAGUAUGGUUUGAGGUGGUGGACGCCUGGGGUCGAAGCUGCGUUGUGCGGACAUGCGACUCUCGCAUCGUCUCAAGCCGUCUUCAGCACAAAUCCGGAUAUCACCUCCAUUGAGUUUUUCACGCGGUACUCUGGCGUCCUCACCGCAAAGAGGAUUGAGGACUCUAUCGUAAUCACUCUUCCUACUCUGUCCAAAGACACUUAUGCUGCGUUUGGGAGUGAAAGCGCCAAAGACCCAAAGAAGUUGGAAGAGGCUGCAGACGUUUUUGGCUUGAAGACUGGAAAUGUCGAGUCGGUUGAGACGUACAGCUUUGGGGACAGGACGUCGCCCAUUGUACAGUUGUCUCCCGAAACGGAUAUCACAAGAAUCGAUGUCGUUUGGGACAAGCUACUGGCAUUCUCUUCGGGCUUGAUCAUUGUCACCCAGCUUGCCACUGAUCAGCCGGACGACAGGCUCCAUAUCAACACAAGAGUCUUUGCGCCAGGACUCGCUAUCCUGGAAGAUCCCGUGUGCGGCUCGGCCCAUGCCUACCUCUCUGGCUACUACCUCGCCUCCCCUAGAACCUCGGAGCUUCUUCCACAGAAGUUCCUGGAGGACCCGAGCAAGGUACUCAUCGGAGGCAACCAGCCGAGCCCGCGUGGGGGCCGAAUGACCUGCGCUUUGGGUGAGGGAAAUGCUCGCCUGAUUGGGAAAUGCAGAGAGUUUGGGCGGGGCACGCUCAGUGGGGUGUGA